CAACUGUGCGGCGAGCGAGCGCGAGUGCGGGGCCGGGCACGAGCGCGCUGGGGGGGCCGCUGGCACCGAGCGGCGGCGGCAAGAAAAGAGCCGCGUCAGGGGAGGCUGGUCUGUCCCUUGAGGUGCUGCUGUCCUGCGUUGGAAACAGGGACGAAGCGGGCGUGUGUGUGUGUUUGAGGGGGGAGGAAAUAAAAAGGAGCGUGAGACGGCGGCGGGCGAGACAGGCAGAGAAGGCGAACCGUCUGGGCUCGGGAAACGAAGCCCUGAGGAAGGAAAAAGGGUGGAAAUCAGUAACGAGUGUUGGAGAAACCUCAUGCAUUAACUAUGUCCAGGAGGAAGUCGGAGAGCAAAAGUCCUCCAGGCUUGUUGUCUACAUCUCUUCAGACACAAAUAAAAAUGGAUAAUUUUUACAGUUUCUAUGAAGUUGAAUCCAAAGAGUUGGGAAGAGGAAAAUUUGCUGUGGUGAGAAAAUGUAUUGCAAAAUCUACAGGCCAGGAAUAUGCAGCUAAGUUUCUGAAGAAGAGAAGAAGAGGCCAAGACUGCAAAGCAGAGAUCCUACAUGAAAUUGCUGUUCUAGAAUUAACAAAGCUGAGUCCCCGUGUGGUAAAUCUCCAUGAAGUCUAUGAAACAACAAAUGAAAUCAUUCUGGUAUUGGAAUAUGCUGCUGGAGGAGAAAUCUUUAAUUUAUGUCUCCCUGACCUAGAAGAAGCAAUAGAUGAAACAGAUAUUGUUAGACUUAUACGACAAAUACUUGAGGGCAUUUGUCAUCUGCAUCAGAACAACAUUGUCCAUCUUGAUUUAAAGCCCCAGAAUAUUUUAUUGAGUAGUGUAUGUCCCCUUGGCGAUAUAAAAAUUGUUGAUUUUGGCAUGUCUCGGAAGAUUGGCAAUUGCAUUGAACUACGAGAAAUUGUUGGGACUCCCGAGUAUCAAGCACCAGAAGUCUUAAAUUAUGAACCUAUUACUCCAGCAACAGAUAUAUGGAGUUUGGGUGUGAUCUCUUAUAUGCUGCUUACACACGAAUCUCCUUUUGUGGGAGCCGACAAACAAGAAACGUACCUCAAUAUUUCUCAAGUAAAUGUGGAUUAUUCAGAAGAAACAUUUGCUUCAAUUUCACCAUUGGCCAGAGACUUCAUUCAAAUGCUACUUGUUAAAAAUCCUGAAGAGCGACCAACAGCAGAGGCCUGUCUGUCUCACUCCUGGCUUCAGCAAAGAGAUUUCUUCUUGUUGUACAGCCCUGAAGAAAGCCCCAGUUCUUCUCCAACACAUGAUCAUAUGAAUAAGUGCACAGAAGAAAGAAAUACUAAUAAGUGCAUGUGUAAUGGAAUGUGCAGUGAGCGAGAGGAUAAAGAGAAUAUUCCAGAAGACAGCAGUACAGUCUCCAAACGAUUUCGCUUUGAUGAUUCUCUCCAGUACCCCCAAGAAUUCACAACAGACUUUGUAUGCUAACAGAUGCACUCCUGAAUGCUAUUUUGAACUGAAUUUAGGAUUCUGAUCUACUCCUGUGGCACAUGCUUUCAGAUUAUGGCUUGUCCACUGUUGCAUUUUGGUUAUCCAAGAAAUGCACUUUCAGUUGAUGUUGUGUUGGCCCUUCUUUGUGCUACCAUUGCUGGCAAUGGGUUUGACUCCUGGGAAACUGGAGUCCUGGCACCUGAAGUGGAUUGUCUUUGGAGGCAGACAAGCAACUGAGUAUUUUUUUUUGCACUUUUACAUUUGAAGUCCAAAUAAUGGAUUUUGGUGUGUUGAUAAAUAAAAUAGGCAAACUGGGAAGAGGAUUUUUUUAAUGUUAGCCAACAGUUAGCCUUGUUAAACACACCAUAACCAUGUUCUAAGCCAAAGAGUGAUGUAAAAAUACAUAUGCAGUUGCAUUGUUAAUAAAGCUACAUGAAGUUGACAAAGCAGAGAAAUGGGCCCUUUUGUUCAAGUCCAGCAGAGCAGCCUCAUGCUGUCAUCUUUUUGUUGAACAGAUUCAAAUCAGUGACUUAUUAGUAUAUAGCUGUACUACAAUGAAUCCUUUGAGCCUGUGUUUCUCACUUGGAAUGUUGACUGGAGUUCAAGUGGCUUCCUGACUGGCAGCCCGGAGGCUCUUGCAUGUUUGCUCAGAAGUGAGCCUCACUGGGAUUCAGUGUAGAGAGGUUUGCAGCCUUAGACCAUUUUCAUGUGAGGCACUUAAAUAACCAUUUGCAUUCCACAAUUCUGUUAUGCAAAUAUAAUACACAAAUGUUUUAAAAUACUGAUUUAAUUUAAAAACCUUUUUGUGUAUACAAAUAACAUGGAAAGGGGUCAAAGAUGCAUUUGUGUCAUGUGAAAAUACCUUUAGCUGGUAUUUUUUUCAGGGGCUACGCAAGGGUACGCAGUACCGGCACCUCUUAUUUGUUGUUAAUAACUUCAUGAUGAGUACCGGCACCUAUUUUUCUAGAAAAAAAAGCACUGCCUUUACCUAUCUACUCACAAACUUGUGUCAAUGUGGUAUACCUUUCUGGCAGGAAAAUCUGCAAUUCUAUAUACUACUUAAGGGCACACUCAGUUUUGUGAGGUAUUAAGUCUGAAGGCCAACAAGACUAAAUUUUAUUGAAUGAGAACUUCCACAAAAGUGUGCAAUGUUAGGUUUCGUCAUAAUUUAUCUUUUAUAGAUGAAGUUGACUUCAUCAAAUUAUUCUCCUAAAUUACAACUCUCUUCUACCUUCCCAUUCAUCAAUUGAAUCCAUUGAUGGUAUCCCAGGAAAUAUAUGAUACCACUAAUAUGUGUGUAAUGCUGUAAUCUAUGCCUCUUUACUCAGAAGUAAGCCCCACUAUGUUCAAUGGUGCUUACUCUCAGGUAAGAGUACACAGGAAUGAAGCCUAAAGCCAUGUGUUGAAUUUCACAAGCAGUGACAUGAGGUUGGCACUGCAAGUAGUUUGACUGAGGUAUACUUUAUAAUCAAUGUGCAGAUUCAAGCCCACAUUCAGAAACUCGGUACAGAAUUUCAGUAUUUGAAAGCCAUAUUUUCUUAAGACUAUCAGCUAAAAAUCCCUAUGGGAAGGGUGGGAUACAAAAUUCAAUUGCCUGAUAUGCGUUUUUAAAGUGUUGACUUUAUUUUAAAAUAGAUUUUAUUGGAAUUUAGAAAAAGGUAUACAGAAACUCAGAUCUUUUUUGUCAAAAGUAAAAUAUAGAUAAAAGCACAAAAAAACAGAAAUGAAAGGAAAAUAGAUAAAAGUGGAGAUAAAAAUAAUGAUGGGAGAAAAAAGAAAAUAAAUAACUUCCAAUUCCUCAUCUAUCGGCAAUUUGUAAACAUUAUUCAACUCAUCCACUCCAGUAUUACGCCUAACAAAGCCACUUUCUAUAAACCAACAUUAUCUUCAGUCUUCAAACCCAAAUGCCAUUAGUUCAUUUUCACGCAAAAAGGCGAUAAGGGGUUUCCAAUGUUUAGUAAAUGUUAAGUGUCUUUUCUCUGAACAUGUCAAUUCCGCCAUCUUGGCUACCGCCAAUAGUUUUAACAACCAUUCUAUUGUUGGUAAAUAUGAGUCUUUCCAUCUUUGUGCAUAUAAAAGUCUUGCUGCUAUAGUCAUGUAUUGGAAGUUCCACAAUCCGUUUCUCAUUGUUUGUCCAAGCAGAAAGAGUUCUGGUUUCAGAUGGAAGUUAACAUUCAAGAUCUCUGUACUGUAUGAAUUUGUGUCCAAUAUUUUUUAGCGUUUUGACGUGUCCACCAAGCAAGAUAGAAUGUCCUUUUACACCUCCAGCAAGUAUUUGGAAUAUUUUUAUACAUCCUAAAUAACGUCUCAGGGGUUAAAUACCAUGGUACAUCAUUUUAUAAAAAUCUUAACACAAUGUGUAUUUUAACCCUUUAAUCCACGUAUGUUCCCAUUGUUCCAUCUGUAUAUUAUGCCCAGUCUUUUGCCCAUUUAAUCAUACAUUUUACCAUGUCAGAUGGGCAGGGUACAAAUAAUAAAAUUAUUAUUAUUACUACUA